AUGAUUGAGGAUAAUAUAGAUGAGAACUGUCAAAUAUAUUUGAACCCGAAAAAUUGGUUAAAAGAGUUUGAAAAUACAAAAAUAAACGAAAAUGAUAUUAACGAAGUUUUAAUGAACUACUUUUGUGUUCAUAGAAUGUAUGAUGUGGCUAAGGAAUUUCAAAAGGAAUCCAAUGUUAAACCUGAUAUGCCUAUUAAUACCGUAAAAAUUCGUUACCUUAUUCAAAACGAAAUUAUGAACAACAAAAUAGAAGAAGCCAUAGAACAUAUCAACAAUCUAGACAAAGGAAUUUUAAAAAAACAUAAGGAUUUAGUUUUUUUCCUUAAGAAACAACAGUUAUUAAAAUUGAUUCUAAAUAAUAAUAUUAACGAAGCAAUAAUAUAUUCACAACAAGAAUUAGCUUCUUAUGUAAAAGAAAAGCCCUCUCUAAUUAACGAAAUAGAUGAUGUCAUGAUGUUAAUGGCUUACCAAGAUUUUAAUAAUGAAGAAGCUAAGAACCUCAUACAAAAAAUCGAAAAGAAAAAAAAUACUUUAAAAAGAAUAGAUGAUAUUAUAUUAAAUUAUUAUAAUGUUGAUAGUGAGAGUACAUUAGAAUAUAUGGUUAAAAAUGUUUUUUUUACCCAGAAUGUCUUAAGCUCAAAGUAUCCAUGUAGCGUACCUAAAAUAAAAAACUUAAAAUCCGGUUAUAUUGAAUAUUAUGAAAAAUAUAAAAAGAAAAAAAGAAAGAGUUCAAGUAAAAAAUAUAGAAGUAAGGAUAAAGACAAGGUAGAUAAGCAUGAUGAGAAAAAUGUAGAUAAUAUUGUUAAAGAUUUUGAUGUAACCAAUGAUGAAGAAUAUCGUUCUGUUUAA